AUGAAAUAUGUUCCUCCUCCAUUACGAGUUCCAGAUGAAAUAAAAGAAAAAGAGGAUGCAUUAAAAGCUAGUGAGCAAGUAAAGCAAAAGGAAGAAUUAAAAAUAGAAGAAAAAGAAGUGGAUACUGAUAGCUCUACUGAAGGAGAUGAUUUUGAAAUUGUUUUAAAUAGUGUCGUUAUUAGUCAGAUUUCAAAAAACAAAGAUUUACGUGGUGAAUUAUUGGGUUAUUAUAUUAAAAAUGACGACGGAAAAAAGAAAAAAAAAAAAAAAAAAAAAGGAAAAACAACUGAUGGAGAUAAGAAAGAAGAUGAAGAAGAAGAAGACGAAGGAGAUGAAGAAGAUGAUGAAGAACAGGAUGAAAAUGAUGAAAGAAAAAAAAAAAAAAAUGAUAACAUUAAUGAGCUAAAAAAAAAUAAAAAGAAUGAUUCAAAAAAAUUAGAUAUUGUAGAAAUUAAUCAAUCUUUUUGUGUUUGUAAUAUUGAAGAUAUUUGUAUUGAUAAAAUAAAUAAAAUCACAAAUAAGUAUCAGCUUCCUAAACAAAAAUAUAAUGAUUUAUUAAAUAAUUUAAUUUUAUAUUUCAACAAAAAUAAGUAUGAAGAAGAAGGGGAGAAAUAUAUUAAUGAAGUUAAUAACUAUUAUGAUGAUUAUGUAAAUAUAAUGGCAGAAUUAAACUUUGAAACUACUUCUUUCGGAUUUUAUAUAAAUGUUAAUGAUAUAAAAAAAAAAGAAGUAUUAGCAACGCUAAUAUUAUACUCUCUAAUUAAUAAAAAUGCCUUUGUUUUAUGUUUUGGAGAAAAAUAUGGUAAGUUAAUUUUUUCAGCUUAUAAAGUAGAUGUAGACGUUAUUUUUGAUAUUAAAAAUCAAAUUAAAAACUCGAAUUUUAAUCAAUUUAGUGACAUAUUAAACGUUGAAUUGAAAAAAAGUGGAUUAAAUAGUAAAAAUAUUUUACAGAAAAUACCAGUUCGUAUAAAAAAUUCAAUUAUAAAUUCUCUAUUUUUAAAAGUUCUCAAAAAUAAAAAUAAAAAUUAUGUCUCAUCAAAAGACUAUUUAAAUUCAUUGGAAGUUGAUUCAUUAGAAAAUCAUGUACAGGAAACUUGUAAAUCUCUUGAAUUGUUAAAAUCAGAACAAGAAAAGAUUGUUAAGUAUAAAAAAGAUGUAUUUAAGCAAUUACAAUCACAAAAAGUAUAUCAAGAAAAGAAAAAAUUAGAAAAAGAGAAAAAUAAAAUUGUGCACGAUAAUUUAGACACCAAUGAAGAAGAUAUAAAUAUUCAAAAUAUAUUUAAGAAUAUUCCUCAACCCUCUUUAUUGUUUCCUUAUGUUUUAACAAUGAGUAACAAUAUGCUUAAUGAUAAUAUUAAUAAUUUAUGUAGUCAUGCUAUAGCUAAAUCUUAUUUAUAUUAUAAAAAUGCAAAACCUUAA